AUACCAUUUAGGUCUGGUGCAAGAUGGAGUCGCUGGAUUACACCCCUUGUUGCUCUCUAGAAGUCCAUAGAAGUGUGGAAGAUGUUUGCAAUUCACCAACUCUUGUGUCACAGAUAGGAAAAAACAGUCAUUCGAAAUUUUGUGUUGUAGUUGUGACUGGGAACCCUGGAAUGAUAGAGUUCUAUGAAGUGUUUAUGUUACAGCUACACAAAGCUUCAAAAUGCCAUUUGGAGGUAGUGGGAAUCUCCCAAGCUGGUCAUUCCCCAGUCUGGAAGUAUGCGAAAGAUGAUUCGGCGCAAAGUUAUAAAAAGGCGGAUUGCAAAAAUCUGAAGUAUCAAAUCGAGCAUAAAAUAGCUUUUGUUGAUGAAUACGUACCUAAGGAUAAACAACUAAUACUUAUAGGACAUUCUAUCGGUGCCUAUAUUGUUUUAAAGAUGCUCGAGAAUCGCAGAAUCGAACAACGGGCCUGUAAAACAGUUCUUCUAUUCCCAACAAUCGAGAAUUUGAAGUACACGCCAAAUGGAAAUUUCUGGGACCCGGUGUCUUUCUACUUUCGCCAUCCAUUUGCACUGACCGCUUGGUUAUUGUCCUUCACGCCGCUUUGGAUGCGUAAAAUGUUAGUUGAUUGGCGGACAAGCUGGAAAGGACGGGAUACGCACCCGCAGUUGGUUGACGCAUUCAUGCAAUGCGUGAGCUACACGCUCAUGAAUAACGCCCUUUACAUGGCUGCAAGUGAGAUGAAGCACGUGAACGAGGUCGAUGAGAACAUGGCGCAGAUUAUCGAUCGCAAUAUCAAUAAAAUUACCUUCUAUUAUGGUGUAGAUGACAAGUGGGCACCAGUGCAUUUCUACGAUUCAAUGAAGAAAAGGUUUCCAAAUGGAGACAUUCGUUUGUGCGAGCAUGGCUUUGAACACGACUUUGUCGUAGACAGUUCCGAAGACGUCGCGGGACUGGUCUGGGAUAUGAUCUCUCAUUUGAACAACAAUUUUUGUAUAGAAAAAGUAGACCACCGUGAAACUGAAACCAACAGAUCAAUAGUGACCAAAAAAGAAUGUUGUUAGUCGCAUGCAAUUGAGUUUGGUUGGCUGCAUUGUUGGAAUCACUCGAGGUCUUCAACCCGAUUACACCCAAGAGCGUCGAGAGGAGAGGCAAAGGAUCUGGGCCGGUGCUCCCAUAGGGCCCUUUUGCCAAUGCGGCCUGUAUUCGAUAAGGCCUAUGAUUAUCUUAAACCGUGCUGCUACCAUAUUGUUACAAGAUCUAUUUACGACACAAAAAGCUAAUACUUUCAGCAACUUAUAUGGAAUGACCCCUGUAAGUGAAUCACAGAGAAAAGCGAUGACAAAAUGUCCUUCAUGCAUAAUAACAAUGUUUUUGUACAAUCAUGUUAAAAUUCUUAAAAACCUUUUAAACAAUUGUGCCCAAUUGGGGCGAUUUCCUAGUUUUUGAGGAGACCGAGAAGGGUGUUGCAACAGAAAAGUUUCUUAGGCCCGAGCAGGCUCGCGAUGGACCUAAUUGCACCAGUUGCAUUUAUCCUGCUAUUCGCUCGGGGCUGAAGCCUGACGUCCUGAGAAGGUUUUCUCUCAAGAAGUUAUUUUCCUGUUUGGUGUUUACACCACAUUUUUAAAGUCGGUUAAACUAGCAGAGUGUAGACAGGGAUUUUACCAGUAUAAAUUCUACUUCAAAAUUGUUGUUUUAAUCAUUGGUAGACUACUUAAUCAUAGGCUAUUUAGUCGAGCCUUGAACACAGUUCAGUAUUUAUAUGAAUUUUAAAGUUUUACUUAGUAAUUUCUGACGGAUUUAGUUAUACCGUCGAGAAAUAAGUUUCGAUUUUUAUAAUACGGCAGAAUCUUUAGAAUUGUGGCAGAAUUGUGUAACUUCAUAUCGUGUAUAAGUUCCUUAUGUUUGUGAUUUUGCAGUUUAUGGAUAUUAAGCUUUGUAUACGUUACCAGUCUGUAGCAGACAUCCAUGUUUUUAAAGAUAGAUUUUUGAAAGACAUUUUAAAACAAUUUAGCA